AAGAUUGUUCCAACAGCCAUCACACGGUGUCUAGGAACCUCGAUGAGAAGCACAACCGAUUCAACGUGUUCAAGUACAAUGCUCACCAUGUUCACAACGCCAACAAGAAUGAUAAACCUUACAAGUUGAAGUCGAACAAGUUUGCAGACAUGACGAACCACGAAUUCAAGAGCGCUUAUGCCGGUUCGAAUGUUAAGCACCACAGGAUGCUCUGGGGGAGCCCUAAAGGGAAUGGGACUUUCAUGUACGAGAAGGUAGAUACGGUCCCCCCAUCUGUCGAUUGGAGGAAGAAAGGUGCAGUCACCCAUGUAAAGGACCAAGGACAUUGUGUCUCCGUGAGGCUUCUGCGACCAUGGGAUGUCAGCCAUGUAUACAUUGUCGCUGUAAAUGUUCGGAUUGCCAAUGCUUUCCAGAAGUUGUAG